CUUUGUCUGCUCUGUCCUAACUUCCGGUCUGAGGUUGCUGCUGUACUCUUCUGGUCGGAAACCGAUGUAAUGAAUGGGCUUCAGGGUUUGCGGGUCUGCACAAGCAUGUUUCAUGGGUAACGUUAGGGGUGUUUGAGCACGUUGGACAGCAUUCAUUGAAGUCGUUUCGCAUUUCCCCCCCGCGCUUGUUUUUGGACAAUGGCUUCUGAAAAGGAAAAGAUUGCCCGAAAGCUGUUUGAGGAGAAUCAUGUUUUGGAAGAGCUUGGUAAUGUAAGUGAAAACGAAUCUCGCAACGACAACGAGUCCGAAGUGUCGAAGGCCGAUAAGGAUAAGGAGGAAGAGAAAGAUGACCCUGAUUAUGAUCCUCUAGAUUCAAGCGAUGAUGAAUGGGAAGCAGACAACGAGCCGAGCCCCAAAAAACGUCAAUUCGUCCCAUCCCCCAUCACCACACCACAAACCUCCAGAACCCCUGCAUCCUCUGCUGUUGGUUUCUUGAGUCCAAGGUCAACACGCAGAGGAAAAACUAAUUCUAAACGGGGGAGAAAAAGGUCUGCAGCUUGCAUGUCAGAGGACAGUGAAAUGGGCUUUUGGAAUGACAUCAGCGUGGAGGAUGAGGCUCCGGUGCUACCCAAUUUUGUUCCAAAGCGAAAUCCAGGAACUCAGCUCAUCAUGGCCAGUAAUUAUUCCCCCUUGCAAUUAUUUCAGCUUUUCUUCCCGUACUCUGUGGUGGCCACCAUUGUGAAGAACACAAAUAGUUAUGCAAAAAUGAGGACUGAAGCUGGAAAGAAAUUCUUGUGGGUGCCUUUGAAGGUGAAGGAACUAUAUUCGUAUAUUGCGCUUGUUAUUUACAUGGGGCUCCUCAGCACAAAAACUAUAAUAGAUUACUGGUCAGGCAAAGAAAUUUACAAUUUGCCGUUCCCAAAAUCAGUGAUGUCCAGGAGCAGAUUUCAGGCCAUCGCUUGGAACCUGCAUCUUUGCGAUCUUCAGGAGGAUCGAGCGAAUGCAAAGAAAAAGGGGACUCCAGACUAUGACAGACUUUUCAAAAUCAAGCCUCUGUACACUGACAUCAUCACAGCAUGCAAAACGUACUUCCAUCCAAACAGAGAGCUGGCGGUGGACGAAAGGAUGGUGGCAUCUAAAGCGAGAAUUGGCUUCAAACAGUACAUGAAGGACAAGCCAACCAAGUGGGGUUACAAACUCUUCGUUCUUGCUGAUUCUGCAUGUGGCUACACAUGGAACUUCUUCAUUUAUGAAGGCAAGUCUUCUUUGGCCACAGGUAAAGGACUGAGUUAUGAUUCUGUGAUGCGCCUCUUGGAUCUGUCUCUUCUUGGCAAAGGCUACCAUGUGUAUAUGGACAACUUUUAUACAAGCCCAGGCCUUUUGUUGGACUUGCUGGAGAAACGGACAGUUGCCUGUGGCACGAUACGCUCCCAUGUACAGGGCUUUCCUAGAACAAGGGCCAAUGAGCUCAGCGAAAGGGCACAAAGAGGAUCCAUACGCUGGCUUCGUGAAGGUACGCUUCUCUUUGUGAGGUGGAUGGACACAAAACUGGUUUCGAUGUGUUCGACGAUUCACAAGGCAUUUGAUGGCUCUACCAUCUCAAGGCGUGUCAAGAAUCCCAAGAAAGAAUGGGAAAAGCGCCAAAUCACAAUUCCGGAGACAGCGAAGGACUACAAUAAAUAUAUGGGAGGUGUGGACCUUUCAGAUGCCCUGAUUGGGUACUACAAUGUCAUACACAAGACCAAAAAAUGGUACAAGACCUUUUUUUUCCAUUUUGUCGAUAUCGCAGUGGUGAACAGUUUUAUUAUCCACCAGCAUCUGUUGAAAUCUCAGAAAAAGACCCCUCUCACCCAGAAGGAAUUUCGAGAGGCACUCGUGGCUGAGCUGGUAGGGACUGUCAUACCGCCCAGCGCAUCAGAAGACGUGGAGCCAUCCACAUCAUGUGACCAAGAGACCUCUGGACCAUCUGCUGCGGAGGAAGAGCUAUGCUGGCCGGAGUAUUUUGGGUCAGAUGCCACAAGUGGGAGGAGAGUUUGUGUCCUGUGCAAAAUUUCAGGUCACAAAGUAAAGACACCUGUGUACUGUACAAAAUGCAAUGUAGCUUUGUGCUUUGUGUCUUCAAGGAACUGCUUCAAAAAAUGGCACACUGUGAAACCCUCUGAAAGCGAUGAGGAAAAAUAAGUGCAUUGUUUUUUGUCAGCGGAGAUUUGACUAAAAGCUGUGCACUUG